AUAGAAUCUUGAAGUGUACCCAAGUAGGAUGGAACAUGAAUCAUUAUCUAACAAAGGAGAAAUCACUUGGUCAGAAAAUAAGAGAAAUACCGAAGGACAGUAAUUCAUCAUGAAACCCAGAGAAGACAGUAGCCGGGAGAGGGCUAGAGCUUGUGGAUAUGGUAGGGUCUUGUGAGGAUUUUUUUAAAGGAUAAAGAAGAGUUGGGCAUGUUUAUAGAAAACAAGGAAGGACCAGUAGAUAAUUAAGAGAAGUUAAAAGAUUCAAGAGGAAGAAUAAUGAAUGGCAAUGGGGAUAGGGCAAUAUACAGGCAGUAAUGGAAGGGGAUAGCAAUCAAGGAUACAAGUAGAGGGACUGAUCUUGACAAGAAGGAAGGCCACUUCUAUAUCAGAGGAUUAAAGAAAGAACUGGUCAAGGAUUAUGUCAAAAAGAUAUGAGGCUAUUUCUUCUUCCAAUUUGAUUACUAGUUGGACUGUACUUCCUUCUACCCACUCCCAAGAGAAGACUCUGUGCUACUACUGCUGUUUCUCAUCCCUUUCCCAACCAUUUUUGUGCCUCAGGUUUGGAGAUUAUGAAGUGGAGUAGAGCAGCUGGGCACAAAAAUUAUGAAGUGAAUGCUCUGGGGAACCUUCCUUAAAUGACAGAGAAUCUGGGAAGAAGCUAGCUAUCCAAUAUGCACCCUCCCCACUCUCCAACAAGAAAGAGUUUCUGAAAAAGUGUUCCCCCUGGAGGCACCUUACUAUACAGAUUUUGUUUAGAAGAGAUAUAAAAUAUAUAUUUUCAUGAAUGAAUUCACACCACCCUUGUGAGGAAUUCUGAGUAAAGAAAAAAAUCAUAUGAUGACAGAUGAAAAUUCAAAAAUUUUGUUAAAGCCAUUGGUCUUUCGUGCAGAUGAUUAUAUUCCUGAAGUAGUAAAAAAUGUUCUACUAGAACGUGGUUGGAAUAAAUAUAAUGAAGAUGUGCAGGAGGUAGCAGAUUGGAACCUGUAUUGGCGGACCUCAGCUUUCUGUAUGACUGAUCAUAACAAUGUUAAGCCAUGGCAACGACUUAAUCAUCACCCGGGAACCACCAGGCUUACCAGGAAAGACUACUUGGCAAGACAUUUGAAGCACAUGAAAGGGAUUUAUGGAGCAUCUCUUUAUGCCUUCUCUCCACUAACUUAUAUCAUGCCCAAUGACUACAUUAAAUUUGUGGCUGAAUAUUCUAGGGAGAAAGAGACCCUUGGCACUAAGCCAAGCUAUUGGAUUUGCAAGCCAGCAGAACUGUCUCGUGGGAGGGGUAUAAUGAUUUUCAGUGACUUAAAAGACUUGAACUUUGAUUGUGCAACAGUUGUACAAAAAUAUAUCAGCAAUCCCUUCCUCAUUGCUAAGUAUAAAAGUGAUCUGCGUAUUUAUGUUUGUGUUGCUGGCUUCCAGCCCUUAACUAUUUACCUCUAUCAGGAAGGACUGGUACGGUUUGCCACUGAAAAGUUUGAUCUCAAUAACCUGAAGAACAAAUGUGCUCAUCUGACCAAUAGCAGUGUCAAUAAAACUGGGGCCUCCUACAAGAAGAAUAAAGAAGGGAUUGGCCGAGGUUGCAAAUGGACCCUGAGCAGGUUUUUCACUUAUCUUCGAAAUCAGGAUGUGGAUGUCCUGCUUUUGUGGCAAAAAAUCAAUCACCUGGUGAUUCUCACAAUUCUCUCCAUAGCCCCUUCUGUCCCCUCUGCUUCCAAUUGCUUUGAGCUCUUUGGAUUUGACAUUUUGAUUGAUGACAAGUUCAAACCAUGGCUUUUGGAAGUGAACUGUAGUCCUGGCUUAUCUUUAGACUGUUCUUCUGAUGUGUCAGUGAAGAGAAAGCUUAUCCAUGAUAUCAUUGAAUUAAUGCAUUUCAAACAGAUUUGUCUGGAUAACACCAAAAAGAAAACUGAUGAAGCUUCAAGUCAUCGGUCUCAUAUUUCCUGGACUGGAGGUGAUAAAGUUAGAGUCCAUGAAAGUUCAAAGCAUUGGUGUAAAAUUUCCUGGGCAGAAGGUAAAAAAGAUAGAGACCUUGAAACUUCAGGACAAUGGACAAAUAUUUCUCAGUUUGGACAAAAAAACAGAAUUCAUACGUUGUCUGGAUAUACAUCUCAUUAUAAGGAGCCUUCCAAAAUUUUAUCUUUAUUAGAGUUCAGAGGAAUAGUCUAUAAGGCAAACUUAUCUGUCUUACAGGAAAAUAUCAAAAUUUUUCCUAAAGAAAUGUUUAUUGCAAAACCAAAAGAAAGGAAGGCAAAAGAUUCUCUACCGGCAGCCUUUCCAAAGAUAAGAAAUAUACAAACUACAUUCAACUCUUUCCAUCACUCUCCAUCUUCUGAGUCAUGUAAGAAGAAGAAAAAUAUCACCCCAAAUUUGCUGUCAGAUAAGGGCACGAGACCAUGCUCCUGUGCAGGUGAUUUUGUUCUCAUUUUCCCUUUCAAUGAAGCUACUCUUGCAGCUACCAAGAAGGGACUGGAUAUCAAAAAGGUCAUCCAUGAAAUUCAGAAGUUUGUAAAUAAGCAACCAACACCAGAGGCAGAAGAUAAAACUAAGAAAACAUGACAAAGGAUUUUGAUGACUUAGGGACAAUAUGAAUGCAAGUCCCUGAAAUAUCUUUUAUCCCUGAAAUAUCUUUUAUCAUUGAAUAAUAACAGUAUUAUUUGCUUUUUGCUAUCAUAUAAAACUAUCAAAAUUAGAUAAAAGGAAAAUUCCAUUAAAUAUGAUAUCUUUACAUUUUUAUAGAUUUAAAACACAUAUAUUAUUAUAAGUACAAGGUUUCCUCAAAAACUCUGGGCAAGUGGUAUCUACAUGCAUUUGGACAUGGCUUUCUGCAGUGACCUUAUAUAAUUAAAAAAUAAAAAUAAUAAAUGAUUAAGCUAAUAUGUUGCAGGAUCUUAGAAGGAUAUGACUAAAAUAUCAGGAGUAAACAUACUAAACAGCUACAU